UUUCCACAUCCACAACCCUCGCAUCAUCUCCUUACAGCCCUUCGUUUUCCCCACCUUUUCUUUAACAGACGAUUCCUGUAUUCUCUCUUGAAUCUGUGAAAACCUAUUUCAGAUUCUCAUUUUCCCAUCUGAGAUUUUCGUUUCUCUUUCUCUCAACAUCUGAAAAUCAAUGGCGGAGGAAGAAACAGUUGCAGCAGCAGCUGCUGCUGCUGCUGAUACAAGCCCUGCUGAUACAAGCCCUCCUUCGUCUGACCACAAGCGGAAGCUAGAAGAUUUGGAUUCCGAGGCGGCUCCAAAACCGGAAAUUUCCAGCCCUCCGUCUGCCGAAACCCCAGCCGAGCAGACCGGUGAUGCGAUCACUGACGUUGCUGAAAACGGCGUCCAGAAAGAGGAGGAGAUCUCGAAUUCUUCCCCGGAUGUGAAGCGGCCGCGUAUCGAGGAAGAAAUCAACGGCUCUGCUUCAGACUUUGAUCAACAAGCUGAGAAGGUUGUGGCACCUCCAACAGAGAAUUCUGAACACCCACCUCCGGAGAAUAUCCAGCAACCUACUGCAGGGGUUCCUGGACAAGGUGAUAUUUCUACAGGGGUUCCUGGACAAGGUGAUAUUGCUACAGGGGUUCCUGGACAAGGUGAUGUUGCUACAGGGGUUCCUGGACAAGCUGAUAUUGCUACAGGGGUUUCUGGACAAGCUGAUAUUGCUACAGGGGUUUCUGGACAAGCUGAUAUUGUUACAGGGGUUCCCAGACAAGGUGAUAUUGUUACCGGGGUUCCUGGACAAGGUGAUAUUGUUACCGGGGUACCCGGACAAGGUGAUAUUGUUACUGGGGUUCCUGGACAAGGUGAUAUUGCUACAGGGGUUCCUCAACAAGGCAAUCUUCCUCCAUCAGAACAGCGUAACCUUGACCUUCAAACUUUGACCCGUAAAAUUGAAGUCCCCAAUACCAAGGUUGGUGUUCUCAUAGGUAAAGCUGGCGAUACAAUAAGGUUCCUGCAAUAUAAUUCAGGGGCAAGGAUUCAGAUCACGAGGGAUGUUGAUGCUGAUCCAUAUUCUUCUACAAGACCAGUCGAAUUGAUAGGGACAUUGGAAAAUAUCAAUAAGGCUGAAAAACUGAUAAAAGAUGUUAUAGCGGAGGCUGAUGCAGGGGGGUCACCUUCGCUUGUGGCAAGGGGAUUUGGUACUGCACAAUCUGGCUCAGAGCAAAUUCAGAUCCAAGUCCCGUAUGAAAAGGUGGGUUUGAUCAUUGGGAAAGGAGGUGAGACCAUUAAGAACCUGCAGACCAAAACUGGAGCUCGCAUUCAGGUGAUACUGCAAAAUCUUCCCGAGGGUGACAUGUCCAAGGAAAGAACUGUACGAGUGACUGGCACUAAAGAACAGAUUGAGACCGCCAGAGAAAUGAUCAAGGAAGUCAUGAGUCAGAACCCUGUAAGGCCUUCGCCUCUUUCUGGUGGUUAUAGCCAGCAAACCUAUCGUCCACGCGGACCACCUGGUCCACCUCAGUGGGGGCCUCGUGUUCCGCCACCUGCACAGCCGACAAGCUACGAUUAUCAGCAAAGAGGUAUGUAUCCUUCUCAGACUACUCAAUACCCAUCCCAAGCAUACAGUGGCUAUCCACAGCAACAGGCUCCGAGAGGCAACUUUAUCCCGGGGUGGGAUCAAAGACCUCCAGCUCCCAUGCAGACACCUCCCCAAAGCGGCGGGUAUGGUUACUAUGGACAAGGAGGCGGCUAUGCAGCAGAUGCCCCAUCAGCUGCAGCUUCUGUCCCUCCUGCUGGUAGUGCUGCUGCCCCUGCCCCUUCUCCUGCCCCUGCCCCAGGCCCUGCUCCCAGUCAAAUAAACUACAAUUAUGGCCAACCACAAGGUCCCAUGCAGCCCACUACUUAUUCUCAACCAGCACCGCCCCAACAGAGCUAUGGGCAUGGAUAUGACAACACAAAAUACGAAAAUCAAGCCCCAACUCAGCAUGCCUAUGGAGGACAUGGGAAUUCUCAACCAGGACCUUAUCCGCAACAAGUCGGCACUGAUUCCGGCUAUAUGCAACAGUCAUACAGUAAGCCAGCUUACGGAAUGCCACCGCAGGGCCCUCCAACCCAAUCGUAUGGGCCACCGAGGACUAGUCAACCAGGAGAUGUGCCAUAUCAGGGGCCAAUUCCAUCGACUCACAUGCAAGGGGCAACUGGUCCAGCUCAGCAGCCAUACCCUUACGCAUCAAGUGGGCCACCGCAGCAGUCGUAUCCAUAUGGGUCAGCACCAGUCGCUAAUGAUGGGUAUGCUCAGCCAAACCCAGCUCCUGCACCUGCACCUGGUUAUGCCCAACCAGGUGGACAGCAAGCACCUGUUUACCCCCAACAAGGUGGACAGCCCACACCUGUUUACCCCCAACAAGGUGGACAACCAGCACAUGGCUAUGCUCAACAAGGUGGACAGCCCAUGCCUGGUUAUGCUCAACAAGGCGGACAGUACCCAUCUUCCCAACCUGGUUAUGGUGAGCAGAACAAUGCGAAUUAUGGGUACCAAGGGCCUGCUGAUGCCAGUUAUAAUAACAUGCCUGCUCCAGCCUACAGUGCACCGGCAAGCGGUCAGGCUGGGUAUGUGCAGCCUGCCCCAAGCCAGCCAAACUAUGAACAGACUAUGCCACCGUCAGGUUAUGGUAGCCAUGCAGGAACUGCACCCGUUGGCUAUGGAAAGAGCUUAUCACCUCAGCCCGGCUACGCUCAGUAUGAAUCAGGCCAAAUGUAUGGCCACCAUUGAGGGUUUCGUCGUCCAUGAUCCCCUAUACGGGGCACAGGUAUUCUGAUAGUCUGAUAUAUCUUUAGCAGAUUUAUUGCAUGGAUGGCUUUAAGUUGGGCAUUAUAUUCUUCCAUUUGACAUGCUUAUGAGCAUACAAGUCUAACAUGCACAUGGGUGCAGGUGGGGUUUUAUCAUUGAUGAUGGGUCUGAUCUGAACUUCCUGUAGUGUAUUUUGCUUUGUUGGAAGCUGCUUUAGAAAAUGCAUUUGGUAGCUGUGGAAGGCAACGCAAACGGUAGAGGAGAAAUUUAGCUUAACUUGCGAAUGCUAUGGAAUCUAAAUAUUAUCAAGAUGAAAGUAGCGUAGCCUGCUUUAGACGCAGUAAUUCAAUUGGGCCCUAUUUCCUUUUAAUGGUUGUUUGGCAGUGCAUGCGUGUGAAUGCCAUUCCAAGGGACUGAUAUCGACACCCAGCUCAGUGGAUAGAUGCAUCCUCGUUUUUGUCAUACUGGGAAUACAAAUCAUCUUGUUUUAUUACUUUGCAUCCAUCAGCCAGGGUUCGGUACUCCCGUGUAUCUCCAGUUGGGUGGGUGAUGUGAAAUGCUUUCUUGCAGCUUGUGUCAUUGAGGCUUCUCGCAGUUCACAUAUGGAGUCGGACAUGCAGACUUGUGAUUGGAUGUCUGAAAAUGGUGUAAUAUUUUAGUCCUUUUUAAGUGGGUGAUGAUAUGAUGUACCUUCUUGCA